GCCGCCACACAGAUGAGGCCUGCCACCACCACCACCACCACUGCCACCACCGCCGCCCCCGCCGCCGACAUCUCUGCCAGCGCACCUCGCCAGACACCUGCUGCUGCACGGCCCACGACUCCUCAACCUGAUGAGGCCACUGUCUCUCGCAUGCGGAGGCUCUCUGCAAAGACGAGAAACAUGAGGCUGGUCCAUGCGGCUGGGAAGAGGGCAGUGGGGCAGCUGAGGGCGCUGCUCGCCGCUGGGGCAGACGUGGGGGCGAGGGCCGGGCUGGAGGGGCGGACCGCCCUGCACUGGGCAGCGCGCAGGGGAGACGUCGAGGCGGCGAGGCUGCUGCUGGAGGCAGGGGCGGCGGUGGACGCCAGGGAGAUCAAGGGCAAGCAGAGGACGCCUCUGCACCUGGCUGCAGAGCAGGGAGGCGCCGCUGUCGCGCGGCUGCUGCUGCGGGCGACCGCCGACCCCAACGCCAGAGAUUGCAGAGGGUGGAGGCCUCUGCAUGUUGCAGCAGCCUAUGGCAAGGCAGAAGUGGCGGCUGCGUUGCUCGACGCGGGGGCCGACAGGGGGGCCACAACUGGUGAUGAUGGGGAGACAGCACUGGAGAUCGCCAGGGAGUCGGGCUACAGGCGGGUGGUGGAGAUGCUGUCAUGAGGCAGCCAGUACAACGAACUCUGUGCGAGAAAAGAGAACUGAAACAAUUUGUAGAAGAGCAGUAUUCACAAUUUUUUAAAUAAAGA